AUGUUAGUUCUCCUAAACCUCAAGCAGGAAAUUGAAGAGCUCCACUGGAAACUUGACUUUGUGAAAUUAAAGCUUGAAGAAGCCUACCUUCUUAAUGAUUAUACUGAAGAAGAUAUCCAAGGAUUGAUGGUUGCCUACCUUUAUCUAGACGAAAUCAACUCAACACCUUCAAAGAAACAAGCCUCCUUCUUCCUCGAAUCGCACAACUUCGAUCUCAAUUCCGUCGUCUCCACCUUCUUCGAAACCGCUGCCGCCGUAGAAGACGCUCCUGUGUCUACCUUACCUAGCCGAAACACUAACCGGCCUUCUGAUACACAUUCCCCUUCAUUUUCUUCACCGUCUUAUCCAUCUCCCUCCCGAUCAGCCUCCCCACCUCCUUCUAUUGGUUUACAAAAUCCUUACAAUCUACGAUCUAGGAACACCGCUACGGAUAAGAAGCCAUCAGGUAGUCGGUCUACUAGACGCAUACAUACUUUCUCAGAUCUGAAUCGACAGGGCGAUGUCUCCGGAAGUGACUCCGAUGAGCCCCAUAAGUAUUAUACCGGUGGUGAAAAGAGGAAGUCAGAAUGUCCAGAAGAGCUUAGGCCUGCAAAAGGAAGAGCUCCUGUUCAUGUCAGUCUUGUGAGGAAGCUUGAAGACUACCCUGUUAGUAAUCUUUCCCAUUUCUUGAUUUCUUAUACAAUCCUUCUAGGCUAUUUUUCUCCAAUGCAAAACAUGCAGGAUGGAAGUGAUUGGAAAAAUGAUCAUGUACCAUCCUUCUCAAUGAUUGAUGCAUCCUAUAGCUUGCCAAACAACACAGUUAUUAUAACUCUACAGGAGCUUGAAAGUGGAAAAGCACUCCUUCGUUUGGCUCAUCUAUACGAGGUGGGGGAAGACAAAGAUUACUCUGUAAUGGCAAGUGUGGAGCUGAAGAAGCUGUUCCCAGAUAGGAAGGAAGGUAACAGAGAUGAAUCUGUCGGGCAAUCAAGAAAGAGGCGAGAUGGAGAGGAAGAAGCUUGCUUGAAAAGUGAAAGUUUUUUGGUGAGUUGUGCACAGUUUGAUGUUGUGAAAGCAUCUGGAUUAGUUCCUCCUGUGAUGCGAUCAUACAAUCAUAAUAUUAAAGGGUAUUGGGAUUUGACAGAAGACAAAGGUUCUGACAAGAGUAUUUCAGGACAAGAUGAAAGUAUUCCCCAAUAUGUUACCUUCUACUUUUCAGGACAAGAUGAAAAAACAGGAAGCAUUGAAAAGAAAGCUAAAUGCAAGAAUAGAAUAUGCAUAGUUUCUUCAAGAUACAGUUAA